AUGUCAAAUGUCUAUGAUAAUUGGGAUAGAUUGGUGGGAGCUGUGAUCCGAAGAGAGGAACUAUGGCAAAUGUUUCAUGAUCAGAGCCCAAGUGUCAGCUCCAUAUUGUCUGAUUCCAGUUUGGACUCUCAAGUCCUUGAUGUACCUUAUGAUUUUUCAAUUCCUGAAGGUUCAUUUCCAUAUCAGCAGCUACCUCCAUCAGCAAUUGAAAAUUUGCAGAAGAAAGAAAAAUCUAUUGAGGAGGAGGUUUCUAGGCUGGUAUUUGUUCGCCCUGUUUUUAAAUUUGAAGAUAUGAUGAGGUCUAAUGCUGAGGUUCUUGGGAACGGAACAUUUGGAACUUCAUUUAAGGCAACACUGGAAAAUGGAAUUACAAUUGUGGUAAAGAGAUUGCAGAAUGUUAUAGUUACGAGACAAGAAUUUGGGCAACAAAUGGAGGUCUUUGGAAGAAUGAAGAACCAACAUGUUGCUACGUUAAUGGCAUACUACUACUCGCGUGAUCAUAAGCUUGUGGUGUAUGAUUACUAUGGUGCUGGGAGUGCAUCUUCCAUGCUACAUGGAAAAAUUGGUGUGAAUAAAAUUUCUCUUGAUUGGGAAAGCCGACUAAGAAUUGCAGUUGGGGCAGCAAGGGGUAUUGCUCACGUCCACACAAAAGUUGGUCAGGAUCUUGUACAUGGAAAUGUAAAAGCCUCAAACAUUUUCCUCACUAGUCGGGGAUAUGGCUGUGUUUCAGAUGUCGGAUUGGCAACAUUAGUGAGUGAAACCUCGAUGCUACGCAGUCGAUCUUCAGGGUAUACCGCCCCAGAAAUCACAGACACCAGAAAAUUGUCGCAAGCUUCUGACGUCUACAGUUUUGGAGUCGUGCUACUCGAACUUCUUACUGGAAAGCCAUCUAUACUUUCUGAAGGUAAUAAAAAGACCAUUAAGCUAGUGAGGUGGGUUGCUUCUGUUCUUCGUGAGGAUUCUACUGCAGAAGUGUUCGAUAUAAAGUUGUUGAGGAUUCAAAAAAUCGAGAAAGCAAUGAAGAAGGUUUUACAGAUAGCCUUGGAUUGUGUUAAAAGGGUUCCCGAGCAUAGACCAAAAAUGUCAGAGGUAGUGAAGAUAUUAGAGGAUAUUAGUGGGACGAACUCGGGAGCCUAA